CCUGACCCCCGACCCCCGCCGGCCGGCCCCCCGCCCCAGCCCCGGAGGGAGCUCAUGGGAGUAUGAAGGAGAUGGUAGGAGGCUGCUGCGUAUGUUCGGACGAGAGGGGCUGGGCCGAGAACCCGCUGGUCUACUGCGAUGGGCACGCAUGCAGCGUGGCCGUCCACCAAGCUUGCUAUGGCAUCGUUCAGGUGCCCACAGGACCCUGGUUCUGCCGGAAAUGUGAGUCUCAGGAGAGAGCAGCCAGGGUGAGGUGUGAGCUGUGCCCACACAAAGACGGGGCGUUGAAGAGGACCGACAAUGGAGGCUGGGCCCACGUGGUGUGUGCCCUCUACAUCCCUGAAGUGCAGUUCGCCAACGUGCUCACCAUGGAGCCCAUCGUGCUGCAGUACGUGCCUCAUGAUCGCUUCAACAAGACCUGCUACAUCUGCGAGGAGCAGGGUCGGGAAAGCAAGGCAGCCUCGGGGGCCUGUAUGACCUGUAACCGUCACGGAUGCCGACAAGCUUUCCAUGUCACCUGUGCCCAAAUGGCAGGUCUGCUGUGUGAGGAAGAAGUGCUGGAGGUAGACAAUGUCAAGUACUGCGGCUACUGCAAAUACCACUUCAGCAAGAUGAAGACGUCCCGGCCCACCAGUGGGGGAGGAGGAGCGGGUGGCAGCGGCGGCGGAGGUGGAAGCAGCAGCGGCGGCGGUGGUGGAGGUGGCACCGGGGGUGGGAGCAGCAGCUUCAUCGCUGGCCGGAGAAGCCGGUCAGCCUCACCGUCCACCCAGCCGGAAAAGCACGCCAGCCACCACGAGCGCAGCCAGAAGAAGAGUCGAAAAGACAAAGAACGCCUUAAACAGAAGCACAAGAAGCGGCCUGAGUCACCUCCCAGCAUCCUCACCCCGCCUGUGGUCCCCACUGCUGACAAGGUCUCCUCGUCGGCAUCGUCGUCCUCCCACCAUGAGGCCAGCACUCAGGAGACCUCGGAGAGCAGCAACAGAGACUCCAAGGGGAAAAAGUCUUCCAGCCACAGCCUGGGUCAUAAAGGCAAGAAACUGAGUAGUGGGAAAGGUGUGAGCAGUUUGACCUCGGCUUCAUCCUCUUCCUCGUCCUCCUCCUCCUCCUCCUCCUCUGGAGGACCCUUCCAGCCUACAGUAUCAUCCCUGCAGAGCUCUCCUGAUUUUUCUGCAUUCCCCAAACUGGAGCAGCCGGAGGAGGACAAGUACUCCAAGCCUGCGGUCCCCACCCCUCCAGCCCCUCCCUCGCCUCCAGCCUCAGAGCCCCCCAAGGCUGACCUCUUUGAACAGAAGGUGGUCUUCUCUGGCUUUGGGCCCAUCAUGCGCUUCUCCACCACCCCCUCCAGCUCGGGCCGGGUCCGGGCCCCCUCCCCUGGGGACUAUAAGUCUCCCCACAUCUCUGCUUCCGGGGCUUCAGCAGGCACCCACAAACGGAUGCCUGCACUGAGCGCCACCCCUGCACCUGCUGAGGAGACGCCCGAAGUAGGCCUGAAGGAGAGGAAGCACAAAGCCAGCAAGAGGAGCCGCCAUGGGCCAGGACGUCCCAGGGGCAGCCGCAACAAGGAUGGCCCUGGCGGCCUGACUGCCCCUUCCCUGCCCGGCGCCCAGCUGGCGGGCUUCACGGCCACUGCUGCCUCACCCUUCUCUGGAGGUUCCCUGGUCAGCUGUGGCCUAGGCGGUCUGGCCUCCCGCACCUUUGGCCCUUCUGGAAGCCUGCCCAGCCUGAGCCUGGAGUCUCCCUUGUUGGGGGCAGGCAUCUACACCAGUAACAAGGACCCCAUCUCCCACGGUGGCGGGAUGCUACGGGCUGUGUGCAGCACCCCGCUCUCCUCCAGCCUGCUGGGGGCCCCUGGGGCCUCAGCCCUCCCCCGCCUCAGCCGCUCCCCAUUCACCAGCACCCUGCCCUCCUCUUCUGCUUCUAUCUCCACCACUCAGGUCUUUUCUCUGGCUGGUUCUACCUUUAGCCUCCCCUCUACCCACAUCUUUGGAACUCCAGUGGGUGCCGUUAACCCCCUCACCCAGGCCGAGAGCAGCCACACAGAGCCAGACCUGGAGGACUGCAGCUUCCGGUGUCGGGGAACCUCUCCCCAGGAGAGUCUGUCUUCCAUGUCUCCCAUCAGCAGCCUCCCCGCACUCUUCGAUCAGACCGCGUCGGCACCCUGCGGGGGCGUGCAACUUGACCCUGCAGCCCCGGGAACCACCAACAUGGAGCAGCUGCUGGAGAAGCAGGGAGAUGGGGAAGCCGGGGUCAACAUCGUGGAGAUGCUGAAGGCGCUACACGCGCUGCAGAAGGAGAACUUGCGGCUGCAGGAGCAGAUCCUAAGCCUGACGGCCAAGAAGGAGCGACUGCAGAUCCUCAACGUGCAACUCUCCGUGCCCUUUCCCGCCCUGCCUGCUGCUCUGCCCGCUGCCAACGGCCCACUCCCGGGGCCCUACGGCCUGCCUCCCCAAGCCGGCAGCAGCGACUCCUUGAGCACCAGCAAGAGCCCUCCUGGCAAGAGCAGUCUGGGCCUGGAUCACUCGCUGUCCACGUCUUCCGAGGACCCUCACUCAGGCUGCCCGAGCCGCAGCAGCUCGUCACUGUCCUUCCACAGCACGCCUCCACCGCUGCCCCUGCUCCAGCAGAGCCCUGCCACCCUGCCCCUGGCCCUGCCAGGGGCCCCGGCCCCGCUCCCACCCCAGCCACAAAACGGACUGGGCCGGGCUCCUGGGACGGCGGGGCUGGGAGCCAUGCCCAUGGCUGAGGGGCUGCUCGGGGGGCUGGCAGGCAGUGGGGGCCUGCCCCUCAAUGGGCUCCUAGGGGGGUUGAAUGGAACUGCUGCCCCCAACCCUGUGGGCUUGAGCCAGGCUGGUGCGACCCCCACACUGCAACUGUCAGGCUGUCUCAACAGCCUCACGGAGCAGCAGAGACACCUUCUGCAGCAGCAAGAGCAGCAGUUGCAGCAGCUGCAGCAGCUCCUGGCCUCCCCGCAGCUGACCCCAGAACACCAGACUGUGGUAUAUCAGAUGAUCCAGCAGAUCCAGCAGAAGCGGGAACUGCAGCGGCUACAGAUGGCUGGGGGCUCCCAGCUGCCCAUGGCCAGCCUGCUGGCAGGAAGCUCCACCCCCCUGCUCUCAGCGGGCACCCCUGGCCUGCUGCCCGCCGGAGCCCUGGUGGCUCCCUCACUUGGCAACAACACGAGCCUGCUGGCCGCAGCUGCAGCGGCUGCAGCAGUAGCUGCAGCAGGCGGGCCUCCCGUGCUCACGGCCCAGACCAACCCCUUCCUCGGCCUGUCGGGAGCUGAUGGCAGCAGUAGUGGCUCCAAAGGAGGGACCGCUGACAAAGGAGCCUCAGCCAAUCAGGAAAAAGGCUAAAACUCCAAACACACAUCCCUGACCCUGCCACGUGGAACGGACAGAUCCUGGCCUGAGAGGUCCUAGCCUGGAGCAGGCGCCAGCACCCAGACACUGGAGAGCCCCAGCCCAGAGCCUGAGCUGGGCCCAGCCGGGGAGCAUGGGUGACACUCCUGGUGCUGGAAACUAAGGGAGGAGCUCCUUCCACCUGGCCCAUACCCCUCCCUGCAUCGUCCUCCCCACAAGGCAAGGCGGGUGGGGGGGCGAGAGAAUAGAUCCCAAGCCUGCCCAGGAGCUGUCCUCCCCCAGCACCUGGCCCUGGGGCUCCAGAGAGCAAAGUGGGCCGUGGUCCAAGUGGCACUUGGUAGGCCUCACCUCCUCAUGUGGGUCUGCACUUGAACAGGGCAGAGAGACAAGCCCAGGGCCCGGCCCUGGCUUGAAGGUGUCGUGCAGAGAAGGGCUGGCCAGACUUGAUGUGCAGUUUCUUCCCAGUCUGGGCAGGUGGCAGAUGGGCUCCUGGGACUGCUGUUGGCCAGCCCUCCCUGCCCGGGGGGGUCACAAGCCAAGCUUGUAAAAUCCCAGAGGUGGAGGGGGGUUGAGGGAGGGGCCCAGUGCUGGGGAGGGGCAGGUGCGGAAGGGGCCAGACUGGCUCUGUUGCCCCGCCCAUUUUUUGCACUAUUGGCUUGAGGAGUGCGGAGGGUGGGGAGAUGGAGCCACCUGACCCACAGAGCAAAUGUGUGUGUGUGUGUGCGCGCGCGCGCGCGCGCGUGUGUGUGUGUGUGUGUGUGUGUGUGUGUGUCUCUCUACCAUGGACCUGUGGCAGCCAAGGGCAGGGACAGGAGCAAAAGGAACAAAGGUCACAGGAUGUGGAGGAUGUGCAGGGCAUGGAGGGUGGGGCACCUGCCCCACCUCACCACCUUCUGUUCCUGUGUGGGGCAUGAUUGGUUAACACAAACCAGAACAGUACUCCAGUAUUGGAGAGAAACUGGGGGCUGGGGGCUUCAAAUCAGGGUACCAUCCUGCCUUCCCUCCCCUAGGCCCUCUUGGUCUCAGGGCCCCCCUCCCCUCCUGGUGUGUAGUCUUUCUUCCCUGCACAAGGGGAGCCCCAGAGAUGGGGGGAGGGGGGAGGGGUACAGUGCCACUUCUUUUAGCAGUUAGCCAGCCUGCUUCUCACCCCCAUACCCUAGGGAAGCCCGUUAAGCUGACCUGAUGCCUGUCUUUCCCCUCACCUGCCAGCCAUUUGGGGAAGGUGGUUAGUGACCCCUUGCCGGUGGGCCUCUGGGAAGCCUGUGUCCCUGGGUCAGUGCACUGGGGGCUCCGCCCUCCCCUGACACUCCCUUCCUGUCCAUCUCUUUGCAUGUGUGAGGUUUUUUUUUUUUUGUGUGUGUGUGUGUGUUUCCGUUUGGGUUUUGUUGUUGGGUAUUUUUUGGUUGUUUUUUUUUUUAAAUAAAGAAAAGAAGAGGUGUAUAUUUUUGGCAACGACAGAAAUGUAGUGCAGAUAUAUUUUUGCCUGUGCUGCUCAACUGUUUUUUUCUGAUACUGAGAAUAAUAUUAAUAUUCCUGUUGAUAAGACUUUGUAAGACAUUAGGGAGGUGAUGACAGGGGAGGGGGCGUCCUGAGGUGAUCUCUUGGGCACUUGCAAGGGCUUGGGGGAGGGGGAAGCUGCUGUAAUGACCUCAGAAAUUCUCUGUAUUAACGUUCAAUAUGGGUUAGGAAGAAGUGAUAGACUUGAGCAUUUAUUCAUCGUAAUCAAUUAGGCUUCUUGACUCCCUGUCCCUAAGCUACUGGAAAGAGAAGUGGCUCUGGGAGAUGCCCAUUGCUGCCCAGGUUACCUGCUGUGUAGAGGGCAGCCCCUCCCAGGCUGCCAAGUCUAAGCAGGAGGUCCGCUGGGCCUCCCCUGCCCUGGGGCCGGGGGUCGAGGCUCUUCCAGCCCCCACCCGCCAAGAGUGCGUGAUGUACAACUCCCCCAAGCCUCUGGCAUUUCCUAGGUAGCGGUGCUGUGUUGGUGGUUAUGAGGCAUCAGGCGGACCCAAAGAAGGGAGCUAAGCUGGAUGUGGGUAUGUGCUGCCCAGGAGGGGGCAGGACCCCAUGAAGGAGGACAGGCACCGCCACCCUGCCCUCUCCCUGCCUCAGCCUCUUUUUUGAAAAUUGUAUUUGGGUGAGGUUGGAUAGACACACAGAUUUGUAGUCCUCUUGCCUGGGGGAGGGGAAGGAUGUGGGUUGCGGAACGGAAGUGGAGUGUGCAAACCUGUGUGAGCUGCGCUUGUGCUGUGUCCCCCUUAGUAGGGGGUGAGGGGUGCUGUGCCCAGGGAGCCUGUGUCCAGCCAAGGGCCACGACUGGCUCACAACUGUCCCAGCUGGAGGGGACUUGGUCCUGGGGUCAUUUAGGUCAGCUGUGUGCUUCACAGGUGACCAUCCCAAGUCUGGCAUGGGGACACGGCUCUGUAAUGGAGCCAGAGACAGCCUUAGGACCAAGCCUGCUGGUCUGGGCUCCCAGGCCGGCCACACAGCCUCGGUGCGUGUGUGUGUGUGUGCGCAGCGCCAUUGGGGGGGAGGGCAUCUGUGGCACUGACUGUCCAGCGCUGGCCACACAGCCUCGGGGUGUGUGUGUGUGUGUGUGUGUGUGUGUGUGCAGCGCCAUUGGGGGCAGGGCAUCUGUGGCACUGACUGUCCAGCGCACAGCUGUUGGAUCCUCUUGAGACAAACGACACUUUAAGGGUUGCCUUUUUUUUUUUUUUUCAUUCUUUCGUUUUUCCUGUUUGUGGGGUUUUUCCCCUCUGGCUCCUGAGUCUGCUGUGACCUCUGGGUGCCCACCCUGGCCUCUUAGGGAGGAUCUAGACAAGGAGGGAAACCUCCAUGCCCCCCUCCCUAGACCGGAAACAGGCUUCUGGGGGCGGCACCUGUAGGUACAAGGGGCAGGAGUUGGGAGCUUGUUCCCAGUUCAACUCAAUUCCAACUGACUCCCAGAGAAGAGUACCUGCUGGGGCAGGGGUCACGUGGGUGGGUGGCAGGGCUGAGCAGUCCUGGCUCCCUCCUGCCAUACCCCUGGGAUUACACCUGCUGCCAUCCCCGCAGUCCCCAGCCACAGUAUCUACUGAGGAGCUGGCCACUCCGCCUCUGCUGGUCACUUCCUCCGGCCAGACUUGGGACUUGGGUGGUGGGACUGGAGACCUGAACCCCAGCCCUCCACCCCCUGCCCAACCUGUUUCCAUGUAGCCGACCCUUCCUAGGGGGCAGGGAGGGGAAGCCGAAGGUUGCAAUUCCCAGGGGCCCUUUGGCAUUCUAGAACCUUUCUAUCCUCAGCCCCAAAGGCACGGCCCCUGCCACCUCCAAGCCUGGAAUUGUGUUUAACCCGGAUCUUGUAUCUUUGUAUAACGGAUGUCAUUUGUACGAAGGGCAGUUCAUAAACAGCACUUGUUCUUUUAAUAAAAGAAUGUUUUACAAAAAA